UAACUCUCUGUCUCAACACCACUAAAAAAAAUGGGGAAUUGUAUCCGACAUGAGUCUCCGAUGCAAUGGGCCGGCGACGAUUGGGGGUCACCGGGGGGAGACCCUUUUUUCUCCUCAGAAUCGCCGCUCCAAAACAAGGGUUGCGCCAUCGGGACGGAGGAGAAAAUACGUUCUUCGUCUUCUUCUUCGACGGUUAAGGAGGUGAAGAUCAAGAUCACGAAGAAGCAGUUACAGGAGAUCUUGAGUAGGGUGGAUUUGAAGGAAUUGUCGGUGCAGCAGGUGUUGGCCCAGUUGGUGAACGUCGGCGAUGAUAAGUACGAGUCGCAUCGUCGGUCGUGGAGGCCGGCGCUGCAGAGCAUUCCGGAGGUGAAUUGAAAAGGGUAGACUUUCUCUGUUAGGUUGUGUUAGAUCGAAGGAAAAUGGGAACUAAAAUAGAGGGGAACUUUUCUUGCUCUAUUUUUCUGGGGGUGGAGUACAUAUAUAUUUUUCCUGGGAAAAUGGGGUUGGAAGGGUUCUGAUUCUGAAUAUUGAAUUUGUUCACUUCUGUACAUAAAAGAUUCCAGAUUUUGGGUGCAGAUUAGUAGAAGAUUUAAUUUUUUUCAAAUUCAGUCCUCCUUUUUGUUUUUGUUUUUGUUUUUUUUUUAAAACAGGUGCAAUUUGAGAGUAAAGGAUGGAAAAUUGUAGUAUGAUAACCAUAGAAAUGCAACCUUGAUUAUGGCGAGGGCAUUAGAUGCAACUAUCAUGU